UGUAAGCUUGUCACAUUAGUGUGUGUUAUAGGCUAACCUGCAUUACUUAACUCAAACCCGCUGUUGUCGGAAUGGCUCAAAUGGAAAAGCAAUUCACUUAUUUCGAUAAAAAUAUUCGUUUAGUGUUGAGACCCAGCGAUAUAGAUGAAUUCGACGAUGAUCCAGAUGUGUUAAGGGCUGAACUGUCGUGCGGUCAUGUCGCGUCUCCGGAUUCACUGACGGACUGUUGCAGAGCGCAGCUGGAAAGAGGGGAAACUGAAUUAAAAUGUCCUCUAUGCCAAAAGAUGUGGCCGUAUGAAGAGAUCCGAGAAGUGGCGAAACUUACACUGGAGGAAAGGAAAUAUUUUGAGAAAACACUUGGGAAAAGAAAGAUAAAGACUUUCGUGGAAUUCAAGGAUUGUCCUGGUUGUGGCAUGUUUGUUGAAAGAGAGGAUGCUUCUAAUCUCAGCGUCGAAUGCUCAAUCUGCACAAAAAGGACAGGGAGAACAUAUGAAUUCUGCUGGCAGUGUCUGAAGCAAUGGAAAGGAUCCCGACCUCGUGCUGAUCAAUGCGACAACGAAGGCUGUACCAAAGACCUACAGUUACUGAAGAACUGUGAAAUGAUUACAUUAACAUCUGUUAAAAAUAUUCGGGUUCCUUCUAUUCGCGCGUGCCCGACUUGUGGCACCCUCAUUGAACACACAACUGAGAACUGUAAAAACAUUGAAUGUUAUAAUUGUGGAGUAGAAUUCUGUUUUAGCUGUCUUAAAAUCACUACUGAGUGUUUGAAAACAAGUACACAUUUCUCAGAAUGUUCAGACGGUGUCGCGCCAAGACAGACAUCAAUUCCAUGGAACACUAUAUAGAUGUAACAGACUCUAUCGGCAAACUAUCAUUAUGUUACAUAAUAAUAAAAAUAAAUACGCCAUUAUGAUUAUGAAUUUAAGUUUGUACAACUGUAAUAAUAAAUAAAUAUGUUUAUGUUCUUAUUUCUUUGCUAACUCAAGAUGUGUAUCAGAUUAAUGUUGUAAGGUUCCUGUUUUUGAGUGUGUGAUGUCAGUCAGUGUUCAUGCCUCCUAACCCAUAAUUAAUAAUAAAAAAAGAUUACAAAUAAAA